GUGAAAUCGAGGAACGCAGAAGAGAGGAGGAACAGCGGAGGAUCCAAGAAAAGAGAACGAGAAAAGACGGGAGCAUGAUUUUAUAAGAAGAACCGAGGAGAUGCGCCUUAAGUUGGAAGCGGGGAUGGAAGAGAAAUGGAAGAAGCAAAACAAGAGGGUGGAAGAAGAGGCCGCUGCAGCGAAAGCCAAGGCGGAGGAGGCGAGGGCAAAAGCUGAGGAGGCGAAGCAGAAGGCCGAAGAGGCUCGCAUUAAAGCCGAAGAGGCACGGAUGAGGAGCACGGUCCGGAUCAACACACCAGUACGAUCGGCGAAGAAGCGGGGCCGAUCACCAUCAUCAUCAUCUGAAUCAGACGACGAAACGCCGGAAGAUUCGGAGACAGAUACGACCGAUUUGGAAGAAGGGCUUCARAGAGCGAUUCUAAAGAUUAAGAGGAAAAAGGCACGGAAGGCAAGACGUAAGGCGAAGGGAAAGAAACCGGUGACUACAGAAAAGAAGAAUACCAUGGAGAAGAAGAAGAACACUAACACAGAACGGGGGGAGAGUUUCAGGGCAAGGCAGAAGUCGAGGUGUAAUUAUGAAGGGCGCGAUGAUGAGCUUAGAAACACGAACGGUGUAGGAGCGGGGUUCGAAGAGGAUCGAAAUUUUCGAGGGAUGGGAUCUGAGGAAGCUCGUAACAGACAAAGAAAGAGCAGCGGGUAUUUUGUGAAUGCGAUCGUGGAGGCUACAAGGCAUUUGAAGAGCAGCGGGUAUUUUGUGAAUGCGAUCGUGGAGGCUACAAGGCAUUUGAAGAGCUGCGAGGGGGAUGUGCGGAUACCUGCAGGUGGCUUCUUGAAUGGACAGGAUGAGUACGGUGGAAGAGAGACAUGGGAGGAUGUGACUGUCGCAAGAUGGUGUAGGAGAUUUCGAGGGCUAGUGCUUGCCCCAAUCGAUCAGAACCAAGGCGAUACUGCAGUCGUGUGCCCGGUGCUGUACAGGCACGCUUUCGGUAAGAUGUUUUCGUGGAACGCUGACUAUGCCAACGUUCCGUACGAGGAGAAGGAAGUGAUUCAACAAUCGAAGCAGGAUUUCGAAGGGGAAGGCCUGCUGAAAGUGGCGGAAUGGAAGACUGAUGGCCGGAUUGCCAAGGACUACGUGAUUCCGAAAGAUAAGGAUCUCACCCGAUGGAGACCUAUAGCGCCUGCAAUGAAUGACCCGGCGGGACUGGCUCAAAGGAGGGUAGGGAGGAGUCUGCACUAUCUCAUGAAGAUGUUUCCAACCGAACAGUCGUUCUUCUUGAAUUCCAUACAAGAAUUGCCAGAGCGGUUUCAGACUGCGACAAAGAGGCUUACUAAGGAGCAAUGCGAAGGAGCCAAAGGCCGAUGUUACGACAUUAAGGACAUGUUUACUAAGAUCUUGCAUACCGCAGUGAGGAGAGCAGUCUGGGAGCUUUUGAGCUGGUAUGCAAACAGGGGCUGGAAGCAAGUGAARGUAUCAAGGAGGGGUAAGAUGUGUACUCUCAGCAAGACCCUGCGGACAACGGACGGGUAUGUUGGUAUCAGUUUUGAGAUAAUGUACAAGAUGGUGAACUACAAUUUGGAGCAUGCGUUCAUUACAUGMGGUGACGAGAUCAGACGCCAGGUGUCGGGGAUCCCUAUGGGGAAGUCCACCAGCCCCAUACUGGCGACCAUUACUUGUGCCAUGGCUGAGUACCACUUUCUGGCAGGGAUGGGGAUAGACUGGAGCUGCAGCGGGGACUGCGAGACGUUGGAGUGCGCGUCGUGGUGGUCUCAGUACGGGGGAGACACGGCUGAUUUGCAGUAUUGCACUCCUUGUGUGAUGCACAUAUGGUCCUGCGCCUCUCCACUGGAGAGGAACUGGGCGGUCCACGAGGGCAUCCACACGAAGAAGCGCAAUCAGUUGGCUUUCGAGAAGGUCGUCCAUCUUGUCGAGAUCACCGUAAAUGUGCGGUUGAUGGAGUAUAGACGUGCAGGCUGCGGAUACGUCCUCCCUUGGCAGCGAAAUGAGGGUAUGUUGGACGCUCAGGCGGGAUUGGAGGUGGACCAUGUGCGGACGGGGACGAGGAGCAGGAUGACGCAAGAGGAGAUCGUGGAGCAGACUGCCCUCAUUGCGCGCGAUCCCAUCGGGUCCUCUGCGCCGCCCCCCGUUGAGUCUGUUUUUUGUGCUCGUGCGGCCAGCUGUCAUUCGUACCCAAGGGAUGACGACUCCGGGGAUGAGAGGGAGCCGGAAGCGACGGAUGACCCCUCGCUUCCCAUCCCGCGCGAGAUAGACGAGUUGCACGAGGAGGGCGACGAUGGUGGCGAUAGGAGUCAUAGGACGCACUGUGAUGAACCACUUUCUGUGCUGCGCGAAUUUCUGCGCGACGACAACGAGGGGUCCUGAGAUGGGAAGGAUGGGCAAAUUACGAG